AAACAAUGAACAACUUGGACAGUUCGCUGCAGGCGCAUAGUAAAUUGGAACAGGAAACAACCAAUUUAUCACUACUUAGGGACCGCGUCGACAAGUACCAUGAUUUGUCGACGCAAAUGUCUACUAUUUUGACCAUAUUCGAGAAGCGUUUGGGUAAUCUGGAACAAACCAUACUGCCUGUCUACCAGGAAACAGAGCAACUGCAGAAGCGCCAACAAAAUUUAGAAGUCACACUCACCUGCUUGGAAAGUGUGCUCUCACACUAUGAUGUAUCGCAGAAGGUGUGUGAGCUCAUACAUCAGGGGCCCGUUGAAGGGAACAUAGGCGUAUUUCUCGAGGCACUGGCCAAACUGCGCUCUGCUAAGGACUACUUUCUGUCCAACAAUUCCCAGAGUGUGGAACUGGAAAAUGUGACGGGUCUAUUCAACACCGGCUGCGAGGGUCUCAAUCAGCAUUACAGCGAGCUGCUGAAAAAACAUAGUGCACCACUGAAACCUGUAGAGCUGCUAGACUUAAUCUACAUCGAGGAUGACUCAUCGAGCGAUGAGUACACAUCUUUUCGCCAAUUGUCGCAGAGCACCCGUGAGGAAUUGUACACCAUUUCGCAUUGGCUGGAGCAGGAAUUGAGAGAGUACACACACAUCUAUGCCAAAGAGCGUGGAGACGUUGUAUUGCGAUCUCUGCAACUGCUUAAGGACCAUCAGAAAAGCAGCAGCUGGGGACACGAAGCUAUGAAACCCCGUCACAGUGGACGUCAAGUCGACCCCAAGAAGAACGCUUCAACGCGUAUGCAGCAAUUCUUUGAGAAGAAAGCCAACAAACUUGUCUGCCAGUUGGAGCAAUCCACAGGCAUUUCCAUUAAGAAAGCUUCUUCACAUUCGGAAUAUUUGACUUCUGAGGAUUUGCUCGAUGGCGAUCAGGAGCUGGAUAAAUAUCUUGUUAUGCUGCUGGGUCUACAGCGUCUGCUCAACUGGGAGCGGGCCAUUAUGCGUGAAAUUAUACCGCAGUCGAAGCACAAUGAAGUGUUCUCCAACUUGGCCUGUAACGCCAUCGAUUUGGUGGUGAAAGAUGCCGAGUCCAUUACACAGCGCAUUUCGCGUUGUAUUUCGCGCAAGGAAUGGCCAUCGGCACUGGGUAUAUUUUCGGCCUUGAAGCGAGUCAUUCUCCUGCAACCGGACAUUGAACGCACCUACGAUGCUGCUCAGCGGGAGCAACUAACCAAGGUGCUGAAUAAGUUGCAACAUACAGGCGCCAAGGCGUUGGAUCAUUUCCUCGAUGUGGUCAAGGGUGAAUCGAACACCAACAUUGUGGGUCAGAGUAAUGUGCCCAAGGAUGCCACCGUCCAUGAAUUGACCUCCAAUACCAUUUGGUUCAUAGAGAAUUUGUAUGUACAUUUCGAUGUCAUUGGCGCCAUAUUGCAGCAGGAUGUGCUUUACUCCACGCAACUGGACACAAUACUGAUGAAGAAGUCGUUGCAGGGCGAGGAACGCAACAAGGCUCUACUGGCUAUCUAUAUAAAAAAAGCGCUGGCGGAGCUAAAUCUGUCCAUAAUGAAUAAAUGCGAGCAGUACAAUGAUCAGGCCACCAAGCAUCUCUUCCGUCUGAACAACAUUCACUAUAUACUCAAAUCACUGCAACAAUCCAAUCUAAUUGAUCUGGUAAAGUUGGCUGAAACGGACUGUGAGCGGAGCUACGAGGAAAUGAUACGUGAGCUCAAGUUUAGCUAUCAGAAAACCUGGUCCAAGAUGCUCGCAGGCAUCGCCGCGCUGGAAGAACUGCCCAGACCGUCGCAGGGCAAGGUUAAGGACAAGGAUCGCAGCGUACUGAAGGAACGCUUCUCGAACUUCAACAAGGAAUUUGAGGAGGCCUGCAAGGUUCAGCGCGGCAUCUCCAUACCCGACGUAAUUUUGCGCGAAGGCAUUAAGCGGGACAACGCCGAACAUAUACUGCCAGUUUAUAAUCGAUUUUAUGAAAUGUAUGCAACAGUGCAGUUUAGUAAAAAUCCGGAUAAAUAUGUGAAGUUCCGGCCGCAUGAGAUAAACGCUAUGCUAAGCAAGUUGUUUGAUGACUCCGCUUAGAGUAGAUCUACACGUACAUAGUUAGGAUCCAAUCCCAAAGCCGGCCAAUGUGGAGUGCAAUUGUGUACGUUCGUUCGGCUUUUUAAUUCCAACACAAUAAAUAUCGUUUACAAAAAUAUAUAGACUAUAGCCUAAAAAUAUUAAAUGCCAUUAUAAAAUAAA